ACCGGCCGGCCCGCCCCCCACGCGGCUCCGGGGGCGUCUCGGCGCUCGGCUGAUAUAGAUAUAAGGACAUUUCUCCAUGGCGUCACGUGACAUAAUUACCACCAGAAUCAAUCAAGAUGAAUUGCACGUCAGCGCCCGGUGGGGAUUUUUUCUUAGUUGAUCCUGUCCAAAGCCUCUCGUGCGAUAGAUGGAUCUUGUCGAAGGCGCGGGGAUCUGCCGGUCGCCCGCCGCCGCCCCGACGAAGACAUGACCGAGUUUGACGACUGCGGCCCCGGCGCUGCCAACAUGUACCUGCCGGGCUGCGCCUACUACGUGGCCCCGUCGGACUUCCCCAGCAAGCCGUCGUUCCUGUCGCAGGCGUCGUCCUGCCAGAUGGCUUUCCCCUACUCGUCCAACCUGCCCCACGUCCAGCCCGUGCGCGAGGUGGCCUUCCGCGACUACGGCCUGGACCGCGGCAAGUGGCCCUACCGCGGGGGCUACGCGCCCUACUACGCGGCCGACGAGGUCAUGCCCCGGGACCUGCUGCCGCCGGCCGGACGCAGGCCCGAGGUGCUGUUCAAGGCGUCGGAGCCCGGGCUCGGCCCCUCGGCCGCCGCCGCCGCCGCCGCCGCCGCCGCCGCCUCCAACUUCUACAGCGCCGUGGGGCGCAACGGGAUCCUGCCCCAGGGCUUCGACCAGUUCUACGAGGCGGCGCCGGGCACCCCCUUCCAGCCUCCGCAGCCUCCGCAGCAGCCGCCGCCGGUGGAGCCCGACGGGGCCGCCGCCGACAGCGACCUCAAGCCCCUGCCCGGCGGCGACCCCUGCGGCAAGGCCACCUCCAGCCCCGACCCCAAGGGGGCGGCGGAGCGCGGCGGGGCCCCCUCCGGGGAGGCGGGGGCGGAGAAGGGCGGCGGCGCAGUCGCCCCCCAGCGAUCCCGGAAAAAGAGGUGCCCCUAUACCAAAUACCAGAUCCGAGAACUGGAACGGGAAUUUUUCUUCAACGUGUACAUAAACAAAGAGAAAAGACUGCAACUGUCCCGCAUGCUGAGCCUCAGUGACCGCCAAGUCAAAAUCUGGUUCCAGAACCGCAGGAUGAAAGAAAAGAAACUGAACAGAGAUCGACUCCAAUAUUUCACUGGAAACCCCUUGUUUUGAAAAAGCAAG